UGAGUCACGGCGGGAUGUAUAAAUGAGGUUGAGUACCUGCCUGCUGUAGGAUUUCUGCCAUUUCCAGCGUCCUUGGGAUUUCUGUAGCUGCGAGGAAAGAGUAGAGAGGCUCGCCGGGAUAUGCUUCUACCCUGUGCAUUGCUGGCCGCUCUCCUGGCUGCCGGCCACGCAGCCAACCCUUGCUGCUCCCUCCCGUGUCAGAACAGAGGUGUGUGCAUGACAACAGGAUUUGAUCGGUAUGAAUGUGACUGCACAAGGACUGGCUAUUAUGGGGAAAACUGUACGACACCGGAAUUCUUCACGUGGCUGAAACUAACACUGAAACCUACGCCAAAUACUGUCCACUACAUUCUCACUCACUUCAAAGGAGUCUGGAACAUCAUCAACAAUAUUUCCUUCUUACGAGAUACUAUUAUGAGAUACGUGUUGACGUCAAGAUCACACUUGAUUGACAGCCCACCAACAUACAAUAGUGACUAUAAUUACAAAUCCUGGGAAGCUUAUUCCAAUCUUUCCUAUUACACAAGAAGCCUUCCACCAAUAGGACAUGACUGUCCAACACCGAUGGGUGUUAAAGGUAAGAAAGAGCUCCCAGAUUCAAAGCUGAUUGUGGAGAAAUUCUUGCUGCGAAGAAAAUUUAUUCCUGACCCACAAGGCACAAACGUGAUGUUCGCUUUCUUUGCCCAGCAUUUCACCCACCAGUUCUUCAAGACAGACCAUAAGAAAGGACCUGGCUUCACUAAAGCUUAUGGCCAUGGGGUUGACUUGAACCACAUUUAUGGAGAGACCCUGGAGAGACAACUUAAGUUAAGACUUCGCAAGGAUGGAAAACUAAAGUACCAGAUGAUUAAUGGAGAAAUGUAUCCACCAACUGUAAAGGACACUCAAGCAGAGAUGAUCUACCCUCCUCAUGUUCCUGAGCACCUACAGUUUUCUGUUGGGCAGGAGGUGUUUGGCUUGGUCCCAGGCUUAAUGAUGUAUGCAACAAUAUGGCUGAGAGAACACAAUAGAGUCUGUGACAUCUUGAAACAGGAGCAUCCAGAGUGGGAUGAUGAGCAGCUAUUUCAGACUACAAGACUCAUAUUGAUAGGAGAAACGAUCAAGAUAGUUAUUGAAGAUUACGUGCAGCACUUGAGUGGCUACCACUUCAAACUGAAGUUUGAUCCUGAGCUUCUGUUCAACCAGCGUUUUCAAUACCAGAACCGAAUUGCAGCUGAAUUCAAUACUCUGUACCACUGGCACCCACUUCUGCCUGACACUUUUCAGAUCCAUGACCAGGAGUACACUUUCCAGCAGUUCCUCUACAACAACUCCAUAAUGCUGGAACAUGGUCUUUCCCAUAUGGUGAAAUCUUUCUCCAAGCAAAGUGCUGGCAGGGUUGCUGGUGGGAAAAAUGUUCCAGCUGCAGUACAGAAAGUAGCAAAGGCUUCAAUUGACCAAAGUAGACAAAUGAGAUACCAGUCCUUGAAUGAGUACAGGAAACGCUUCAUGUUGAAACCAUUCAAAUCAUUUGAGGAACUUACAGGAGAAAAAGAAAUGGCUGCUGAACUAGAAGAACUUUAUGGAGACAUAGAUGCUAUGGAACUGUAUCCCGGCCUUCUUGUAGAAAAGCCACGACCAGGUGCCAUCUUUGGUGAAACAAUGGUAGAAAUUGGUGCACCGUUCUCUCUGAAAGGACUGAUGGGAAAUACAAUAUGCUCCCCUGAGUACUGGAAGCCAAGCACCUUUGGUGGAAAAGUGGGGUUUGAAAUAAUCAAUACUGCCUCCUUACAGAAGCUCAUCUGCAACAAUGUGAAAGGCUGUCCUUUCACUGCUUUCCAUGUCUUAAAUCCUGAACCCACGGAGGCAACCAUUAAUGUUAGUACCUCAAACACAGCAAUGGAAGAUAUCAACCCCACACUGCUACUGAAAGAGCGAUCUGCUGAGUUGUAAAUUAGCCAUCUAAUUUAUUUAUUUAUCUAAGUUAUUCUAUUUAUAGCUCUAGUAUUUAGAAAACAAAAAGCAACCCUCUGCAUCCUCACUUUGAGGGUUGCCCUAGAUUCCUUACUCAGGUAAGGCUUCAUUUUAGAAAAAGGGAUUUUCUGCAUUUCUGUUCUGCAGUAGUGAAUCCCUUGUUUAAAGCCUUCUGUAGCAGAACUACGUAUUCCAAAAUGGACCAAAUUCCAGGUUUUUUUUUUACUUGUUUUAAUACUUGACAAAAGGGUGUUAGGGUUGUUGUUUGUUUGUUUGUUGUUUUGUCUUCUCACUUUGAUAGGUCACAUAACACUAAAAAAUCAAGUUAUUGCCUCAGCAAUUUUUUAAACUUGAAAAUAGACCUUCAAACUAAAAAAUGAGAAUUUGAUUUAAUGAAAACUGCCAAAAGAGAUUCUGAGUUCUGUAUGAGCAAUCCAAGAUUAACAAAUACCUUUGAGACUUGCUUGUUUAUAGUCAGAAAAUGCAUUGCAUUUAUCAAUGACACUACCUCUCCCUCAUGCAAAUAAGGCACUUUGUAUAGUAAUUUACAUGAUUGGGUUUUUUUUGUAAGUCUGUCCUUUUGUGUGGCAUUACAUUUCUUCAUUUUUUUAAUUUAAUUAUUAAUUUAAUUAUUUAAUGAUUAUAAUAGAGCUUGUCUAUUACUUGUUUUCGAAGCAUGUCACUGAAGUAUUAUUUAUGAGAUGAUGUUAACAGUGGUACUGAGCUUAGAUAUGACUGUCAGGCAAGAAAACAAGGCUGCUUGUAUAUCAGUAGACAUUUUAUUUUGUGAGUUUGGGGGAGAUCUUAAAGUUUAUUAUUAGUAUACUAUAAUACUAAUUAUUAUUAGUAUUAGUGUGUGUGGGGGGGCAGGGUUCUUGUUGGUUUUUAUUUUUGUAGCUAUAAUUCUCUGGUCAAUCUAAAUUCUCUAAAUGAUAUAAAUCUGUCAUUCUAAAUAAAACUAUACAUUUCUUUUGUCCCUAGGGACAUGACUGUGAUAUAGGUUUAUUUAGCCAAACUGAAAUUUAUUGGGGAAUAAUUUAGGAAAUUAAAAAUUGUGACACCAUGUAAACAAAAGCAGUACUGACUUCAAGGCACCAAGGCUUUGUUAGUCAAAGUCUGUAUAAAUAGAGCUCUAACUCGUGACUAUAAACUGUUUAUUGGGUUGGGGGGGGAGGUUAAUGUUUUAUUUAUUAAAGUAUAAACAAAGGCAUUUUAAAGGAGUGACUUAAGCUCUAAGGAGAAAAAAAAAUAAUAGCUAGCUAAGCACAAAAUAUCCCAGACGCAUUUGUCCUGGUCUAGUACUAAUCUAGUCUUACUGGGGCACGUAAGAACUUAAGUGAGAUCUUGUACCAGCUCUUCAACCUUUGCCUAUAAGGGUAUCUUUUUUUAAUUUCUAGAGAGGAAAUGUAGAAGAUGAUCUUCCCAUAAAAUCAGCUGGGGAACUGUAGAUAAAAAGAAUGUUACUUCAGACUGGAGUAGAGCAGCAACCUGGUAUUCUGUGCCCCCAGCCAAAAUUCCUUGGCUACUUGUGGAAAAGGACUUGUUUUAUAUUUUCAUCUGAAUCUCUUGAAUGCUUGUAGAGGCUUGUGAUGUGGUACUAGUAUAGUUUGAUUGUGAUUUCUGUAUUUCUUUUGAUUUGUUUAAAUAUGCUGAUUAUGUUCUACAUUGUGAACUUGUAACUGGUAGCACAAAUGGCUGAUUCCAGAUCUCCCACAGCAGUUGAUACCAGUGACUGAUUUUGGUAUAAAUGCUUUGGGAAAUGGAAGGGUGCUUUGUUUUUAUAUUUGAGGCACAAAGAAGGAAGAAAAUUCAAUAACCUCAUACAAAAAAGAGGCCAGUACUGUGUUCAAUUAAUGAAAAUUACUUAAUUAAAAGUUAAGCUUGUAGCUGUCAUUCAGACCACUUUUGGAACACACUUUGGGGCACUUACAUACCAUUUGCAAGGAAAACUGUAUGGCUUAAAAUCAAAGGAAGACGAGUCUGGGCAGGUUUAGUUAUUUUGAGGUAGGUAAAAAAGAAUUCAUGAAAAUAAGUUCAUUUCAGCUGAGUCCUUACAAGCUGCUUUGGAAAGGAAUCCAGUUUGCUCUACACUUUGUUCUCUGAAGCUGUGUUUUAACGCUUUCUGUCACCCAACCUGCUGGGCUUGGCUGGGUUCAAGUUGCUCGUGAUAAAUGUGUAUGUUUGAGAUUAUUUAUUUAAAAUUCUGUGAAUUGUUUUUCACUCUAUUUUUAUAGGUCAAGAAUGGGGUUUUUUUAAAUGCAAUUGUUUAUAUAAAUAAACUGAAAACAUUAUAUUGA